GGCCCAUUCUUGAACUACUCUCACUCCACCCACCAAAUAAAAAACACCCUAUCUAACAAAAGCUUUUCAGGGGUUGUCAAUUUUCGUCCUCUUAAAUUUCCUGGAAGGGGUUGAGUCACUCUCACCAGUAGCUGUAGAAACUCGGUUGAUUUAGUGCAGAUUUGUUAUACAAAAUGGAGGGAGUGGAUAGGAAAACUGAUCUGAAUAUUACCCGUGUUCUCUUUUGUGGGCCAUCCUUUCCUCCUUCUCAUAAUUAUACUAAAGAAUACCUGCAAAAUUAUUCGUUCAUUCAGGUUGAUGUUGUCCCACUUGAUGAUGUUCCUAAUGUCAUACAAAACUACCAUCUUUGUGUGGUAAAAAACAUGCGGCUUGAUUCAAAUGUUAUAUCUCAGGCAAAGAAGAUGAAGCUAAUAAUGCAAUUUGGUGUUGGCCUUGAAGGUGUUGAUAUUGAUGCUGCUACAAGAUGUGGAAUAAAAGUUGCUAGAAUCCCAGGUGGCAUGACUGGAAAUGCGGCAUCAUGUGCAGAAAUGACUAUAUAUCUAAUAUUGGGCCUUCUUCGGAAGCAGACUGAAAUGCGAAUUUCGAUAAAGCAAAAAAGACUUGGAGAACCUAUUGGUCAAACACUACUUGGUAAAACUGUUUUUAUCAUGGGAUUUGGAAAUAUUGGUAUUGAUUUGGCAAAGCGCUUGCGGCCAUUUGGCGUGAAAAUUAUUGCCACAAAAAGGAGUUGGGUUUCACAUUCUCAAGUUUCUUGUCAUCCGAAUGUUGAAAAUGGAGUUACGGAUGAUUUGGUUGAUGAGAAGGGAUGCCAUGAAGAUAUUUAUGAGUUUGCCAGCAAGGCUGACAUUGUUGUUUGUUCCCUGAGUUUGAACAAAGAGACAGCUGGCAUAAUAAACAAAUCAUUCUUAUCUUCAAUGAAAGAGGAUUCUCUUUUGGUGAAUAUUGCUCGUGGAGGUCUUUUGGACUACGACGCUGUUGUUCAUUACCUAAGCAGUGGCCACUUGGGAGGGUUGGGCAUGGAUGUUGCUUGGACUGAGCCUUUUGAUCCUGAUGAUCCAAUUUUGAAGUUCAACAAUGUUCUAAUCACGCCACAUGUUGCAGGAGUUACUGAACAUUCUUACAGAUCCAUGGCUAAGGUUGUCGGGGAUGUUGCUCUUCAGCUUCAUGCUGGAACUUCUUUGACAGGGAUAGAGAUUGUCAACUGAUUCAAUUCAGGGUUCAUUCCUCGGCCAUUGAAGGAACAUCUAUUAGUUCAUAUUAUUAAAUACAAUUAUUUAAAUGUUAAAAUCCAGAAACAUCACUAGAAUCUUUGUUGGCUUUUGGCUGAACUAAAUGUCUCUUUCUUUUAAUGAUCUAAGUAAUUGAAAUUUUCGUUAUCAACA